AUGAAUCAAGCAAAAAUAGAUCUUUUAUUAGUUGGAGAUGUCACCAUUUGCUACCUGGCUGAUGAUAUACAGAAAUUCUUUCCAAAUUUAGCAGAAGUUACUAUCACCAUUUGCGAAAUGAAGAAGGCAGCUGCCCUUUUGGAUGACUGCAAAUUUGACAUGGUUUUCUUGAAGAUAACUUCAUUGCUCACUGCUGAGGAUCUAGAAGCUGUCAAGUCAAUUAGAUUUGGCAAGAAAAAAAAUACAGACUUGCUGUUUAUUUUUAUAAUCCCUGAAAAUUUUAAAGAUUGUAUUUCAGGGCGUGGAGCCGAUGUUACUUUAACUGAACCACUGACAAGAGAAAAACUUAGUAUUGUGGUAAAAUACUGGAAAACAUAUUUCUCAAACACCAGUAAGAAAGAAAAUGCUCCAAGGCCUGAAGAACAUGGAUGGCCCCUACUGAAUUCCUGUAGUGAACAUCGAGGAUAUUUUUCUACUGAUCUGCUCACUUGCUCUGAAUCUCUGAAAAAUGACAUUGGUUUUGAGUUUAAAAUUCCAUCAUCAGAACUUGAGAAAAGCAAACAGAUGUCUUUGUUUCAUUCAAGCAAAGAGAAGCUAAGAAGAGAACGAAUCAAAUAUUGCUGUGAGCAGCUGCGCAUUCUCUUGCCAUUUAGCAAGGGAAGAAAGAAUGACUCAGCUUCAAUUCUUGAGGCGGCAGUUGAUUAUGUGAAGUAUGUCCGGGAGAAAAUCCCUCCAGCUGCCAUGAUCAAGAUUACAGAAGCCCUUCAGAGUAAUAAGAGGUUUUGUAGGAAACAGAUGCCCAUCCAGCUAUCCCUCCCAUGCACAGUCAAGGCAGAAAGGGAGAACAGUGUGUUGUCAAGCAAUUACUCACCUGUGAGAGGGCUCCAGUUCCUGGCUGAUAAGCACCUGAAUGUGUUUUCCCUUCCUGCCACAGGAAGCUCCUUGGAAGAAGCUGUGAAAGGUCAGUCAAGCUCCACUUCAGAAAGUGCUGUUGGUGAUGUGCAUAAAACUCGAAUUCCAAAUGCAGCCCUCUCUCUCAAUUCCUUCCAUGCUGUCAGAUAUUAUUCUAAAGUCAUCCCUUCCUAUGACGAGACUGCUGUAACAAAUCAGAACAUUCCAGUUCAUUUGCCAUCAGCUGUACCCAAAGUAUCAAAAUUUCUUCCCCAGCACAGCAAUUUGGUGCUGAGCAAGACAUGCACAAUGCAUCCCAACUGUCUGGUCUGUGCUCAAGGCAGUUACAGGAAGCAAGAGAACAAGUGAUACAGUGCAAGUACAAGGGUGAUGUGUUACCGGCUCUGGAGUCACAGAAUCAAAGACGAAGGAGAGAAGUAUUCCUUCAAGACCAGCAUC